CCCUGACCCCCACCUUCCCCGGAGCAGCCCGUGACCCCCCUGUCCCUGGCCGAGGUGCAUUAUGGGCAAAGUCGCUGCCGUCCGACCUCUGCAGGCUGCGCCGGAGCUCAUUAUGCCUUUAAAACCUUUAUUUAUUUCCGCAUAACCUCCAUCGCUGCUCCCACCAGGAGGCCGGCGCUCAACGCAGCCGUCGGUACCGAACGGUGAUUGGAUCCCGAACAGACCACCGUGCGCUUUACGUCGGACUCGGGUGGCAGGAAUAAUAGUUUUUAUUGAAGUGUACAUUUUAAUUUACAGAGAAAAUGUCCGAAGAAAGAAACCGCAGGUCGUUGGCUUUUCGAGGAGGCGGACUGGCCGUGAGCGGCUCCGGCGGCACCAGCGCUAACCGCCGGGAGGCCCAGGCCUGGCCGAACCGGCACCUGAACGGCAGCGGGCCGGAGCAGGAGGAGGACGGGGACCUGGGGGCCAAAGGGACGUCGGCGGUGCGGCUUGAGGGCGAGGGGUCCGUCAGCGAUAGCACAGAGCCAGAGGCGGAGGAGGAAGAGGAUCUGGACGCCGGAGAUGGCGAAGACGACUGGCUCUCCGGCUCGGCCGCGGAAGGCGGCGGAUGGACGGGGGGGAAUGACUACAGCGGCGAGGACGGAGCUACGGCCGCGGCAUCUGGGGAGGACGACGGGGGCGAGGCAGAGAACACGGCUGAGGAAGAGGGAGCCAAGAAGCCCUGGGUGGGAAUGAGACCGCAGACCCUGCUGCAGAAACACUCGCUCUUCCAGGCGUCCUGGCUGCAGGAGUUUCCGUGGCUGAAGUUCUGCCGAGAAACCGGCUCCAUGUCCUGCUCAUGGUGCCGCGACGUCGGUGCCAGCAGCGACGAGCUGGUCAGGGGCAGCCGGAACUACAAGCGGGCCCUACUGCUGAGGCACCACCUGUCCGCGGAGCACGGCCGCAAUGACCCCGCCAAGCAGGAGACGGAGAGGGCAGGAGACCUUGACGGGGAGGAGAUGGAGGGCUACAGGAACAAGCCGAACGAGAACUCCUACUGCUACCUGCUGCUGCAGGAGCUCAACAAGCAGAGGAAGAACGGCAUCCUGUGCGACGUCAGCAUCGUGGUGGGCGGCCAGGUCUUCAGAGCACACAAGAACAUUCUGGUGGCUGGCAGCCGCUUCUUUAAGACCCUCUACUGCUUGACCAAGAACGAGAGCUGUGACCAAACCACGACAACCCACCUCGAUGUGGCUGCCGUCCAGGGUUUUUCUGUUAUCUUAGACUUUCUGUACUCGGGCAACCUUCUGCUCACAAGCCAAAAUGCCAUUGAGGUGAUGUCUGUGGCCAGCUACCUCCAGAUGACCGAAGUGGUGCAGUCCUGCCGGGCGUUCAUCAAGGACGCCCUGAACAUCAGUAUCAAGAACGAAGCGCCCGACUCUGUGGUGGUGGACUACAACAAGCGGCAGACCCUCACCAAAGACGCCAAGGGGUCGGACAGGAAGCCCAGUAACUUCUGGGCCACCAGCAUCCUUUCCAAGCUCUCCAUCCAAGCCAGCGGCCACAUCAAGGAGGAGCCUCACGACGAGGAGAUGUCGGCCAGCGAGGGAUUCCCGCUCGGCCGCUCCGGCUAUACCUGCGACAACUCCUCGGAGUCGGCGGAGAACGAGUCGCUAGGCCAGGGGCCCGUGUUCGUGUGGAACGACAACGCAACUGCCACCCCGGUCAAGAAGGAGGUGAAGGAGGUGAAGCAGCAGCCGGGCAGUGGCCGGCGGAAAAACCAGAACACGCGUCGCUUUGUCUACAACAUCCCGCCCCAACCCGAGGAGGCUUACGACUAUUGCAUGUUGGUCCAGCCUACAGCGUCUUACCCCAGGGAGGACCUCUUGUUCCUCUCAGAGAAUGCAGGCGAGUCCUCGGAUGUGACGGAGAACAAGCUGAAGUGUCCUCACUGUAGCUACAUCGCCAAGCACCGGCGCACCCUGAAGAGGCACCUGAUCAUCCACUCCGGAGUGCGCUCCUUCAGCUGCGACAUCUGCGGCAAGCUCUUUACCCGCCGUGAGCACGUGAAGAGGCAUUCGCUGGUGCACAUGAAGGACAAAAAGUACAAGUGCAUGGUGUGCAAGAAGAUCUUUAUGCUGGCGGCCAGCGUGGGGAUCCGGCACGGCUCGCGGCGCUACGGCGUCUGCGCCGACUGCGCCGACUCCCACCAGGGCUCGCAGGAGGGCCUGGAGGCCAUGCAGGAGCUGGAGUUCUCGCGCGAGGAUGACUUUGAGGAGACUGCAGACGGGGAGGAAGACCUGGCCGACGAGGGGGAGGAGCCAAAUGAGAUUGACCAAUCCAACUGGGAGGAAGGGGAUGGCAGCAGACCGGCAGCCGCCCUUGAUGAGGACUAGUUUAAAAAAAACAAAAAAAAAAAAAACAGCUGGGAAACAAUCAAUUACUCCAAAGUGCUAUCAUUCAUGGUUAUGCAUACGUGUCGAUGUGUGACAGAAACGGGCUUUGGUGGUGUGGGACUCCAAGAUGUACACAUUUAUGUUUCCGACUCUGGGCCCGAGGCUCGUGGAACGUUGCAAAAUGUCUAUGAAAUCAGGUUUUUGUGAUGUAUUUUUUUUAAUUGUAGGUGAGGGUGGUGUACAGCAAAAAUUACAGUAGGCCAAUCAUCUUAAGAAAUUUUAAUUAUUUAAUUUAUAAAAAUUCAGACAUAUGGUCUUAUUAAGUAUAAUUUUUUUUUCUUGUCGUUUUGUGUAUGCUGUAAAAGCUCUGUCCUUCCCGUCAAAGUUGAACCUGUUUGCUAUACAACUUUCAAGUUUGAAGCAUUAUGGGCUGUCGUCUGCUGAAAGAUUUUCUUUACUUUUAGAUGAGCUUUUUAGAUGUUGUGAAUAUUGUUAUUUUUUAUCCUUUCCCUGUGUAAGUCUUGGAACCAAAAAUCUGUUUUGUCUCUAUAAUGUAUUGCAGCCAUAUUUAUAAAGGAUUAAUGUGGGGUGUCGUGUUGUGCCAAGAGGAACGCACACCAAGAUAUAGCAG